AUGCUCUACAUGGGCAUAUGCCUCUGCAACUCCCUUUCCAACAGCUUCCCGAUGCCCUUUGACAUUGUGGAAGCAAGAUACAAGAGAGUUCAGGAAGAUGGGCACCCUGAGGUGCUGCAGAGAGAAAGGCUGAGGUGUGGUGAAGAAGGCCGGCCGCGUCUUGAGCUGGCGGGCGUGGUUCUUUUUUGGAUGAACCUGGGAGCAGAUAUCCCUCCUCCCCCAGUGCUAAAAUUGGACCCCUUGUCCCAGAGGGUGAAGGAAGGGGACUGCCUGCUUCUCCUUUGCUCGGCUAAAGGAAGCAACACCAAGAAGAAGUUCCAUUUCUACAAAGAGGAAGUAGAGAUCAUAGAAGGCCCUCUUGAACCGUCCACUGAGCCCACCAGUCCUCUUCAAAAUGCCUCUCUGAGAAUCCCUCAUGCCUCGAUCAAUCACAGUGGGGAAUUUGCUUGUCGUUAUGAAGAGAAGACAAGCAACCGAUGGAUCAUGUCUUCUUGGAGCCAGAGGCUGAACAUCUCAGUUUGGACCAGAAAUUCAGAUCCUGUGGGGACGUAUGCCUGGACAGUGAUUCUUUUGAUAAUCCUGCUGGUUCCAUUUGCCUUUUAUUGCUGGAAGAAGAAGAAAAACAGGCUAGAAGUCAAGGAACCCAACGAAGAAAAAGAGGAGCAUGGGAAAAGGCACCGUCAAACAGAAGCAGCAGCAGUAGCACCUGUCAAGGAAUCAGAGGUCAUCUAUAGCGCCUGUCGGGUCUCCUCCAGUCUAUCUUCACUUGGGCCAGUGAUGGAGGACCACUUCCCACCACAGAAAGAAGGGACGGUGUUGUACAGCGACCUUCUCUUUCUACAAACAGCAAGGAAACAUGCGGCAUAUUGACUGCAUGAAAAGGCAACGAUACAUGACUU